AUUGGAAAGAAUCUUCCUGUCAAGAAAUCAAUCCCAAACGUUGAUAAAGUGAUUGUUGUUGCCUCAGGGAAAGGAGGUGUUGGUAAAUCAACAGUUUCUGUUAACCUGGCGCUUGCCCUUCAGAAGCUCGGAAAUCGUGUUGGGAUACUAGAUGUUGAUAUAUUUGGACCAUCCAUACCCAAACUGCUAAAUCUAUCUGGGGAACCAAGGCUUUCAGAUGAUGGCAGGUUACUACCCUUGAGUAAUUAUGGAUUGGAAUCAAUGUCGAUGGGCUAUCUUAUUCCUCCUGAAAAUGCAGUUGUUUGGAGAGGCUUAAUGGUUAUGAAGGCCUUACAGCAAUUGUUAUUUGAGGUGAAGUGGAAUAAAUUGGACUAUUUGGUUAUCGAUAUGCCACCAGGUACAGGUGAUACACAACUAACAAUCAGCCAACAAGUUAAGGUCGAUGGAGCAGUUAUUGUUUCGACUCCACAAGAUAUAGCAUUGAUCGACGCAGUCAAGGGUAUCACAAUGUUCAACAAAGUUAAUAUACCGAUUAUAGGGCUGGUUCAAAACAUGAGCUACUUUUUAUGUCCAAAUUGUAACCAUGAAUCCCAUGUCUUUGGUACAGAUGGUGCUUUAAAAGAAGCCAAGAAGCAAAAUUUGAGACUUUUGGGAUCUAUUCCACUGAAUGAAGAGAUUUGUUUACAAUCAGAUAAAGGAAAACCCGUGGUGGUUUCUCAUAUUGACAAAGACCCUUUAACAAAACCAUAUUUUGAUAUUGCACAAGAAGUUUUGAAGUUUGUGGAUCAGGACUAG